AUGCAAACCGUGAGGCUCCAAGGAGCGCAGUGGUGGCAGUUUGUAGAUAAAAGGACAGACUGGCAUGGACAUGCUGGCGGAGGCCUUCAUACAGACCCCAAAAAUCUGAAAGAUGUUGAUACAGGAAAAAUUCUUAAGGCUAUGUUGACGUAUGUUUGGCCAAAGGAUAGACCUGAUCUACGUGCCAGAGUGGCUGUAUCUCUUGGUCUGUUAGGUGGGGCAAAGCUCAUGAAUAUAAUGGUUCCCUUCAUGUUUAAAUAUGCAGUAGAUGAACUCAACCAAAUGUCAGGUAGUGUUUUGAACCUGAAUGAUGCAACUAGUACAGUCAUCACCAUGGCAACAGCUGUCCUUAUUGGCUAUGGUGUUUCAAGGGUUUGUGCCGCAUUCUUCAAUGAACUCAGGAAUGCUGUCUUUGGCAAAGUAGCUCAAAGUUCUAUCAGGAGAAUAGCCAAAAAUGUCUUCCUCCACCUACACAACUUAGAUUUGAGUUUCCAUCUCAGCAGGCAGACUGGUGCACUCUCAAAAGCCAUAGAUCGAGGGACAAGAGGUAUCAGUUUUGUGCUGAGUGCUUUGGUGUUUAAUCUUGGUCCCACCACCUUUGAAGUGCUGCUUGUCAGUAGCAUUUUGUAUUAUAAAUGUGGCGGACCGUAUGCGUUAGUAACUCUGGGAACUUUAACUGCGUAUUCAAUUUUUACAAUUGGCAUCACUCAAUGGAGGACUCGAUUCCGGAUUGAAAUGAAUAAAGCUGAUAAUGAUGCAGGCAAUGCUGCAAUAGACUCACUCCUGAAUUAUGAGACUGUGAAGUAUUUCAACAAUGAGAAUUAUGAAGCAGAGAGAUAUGAUGGAUACUUGAAGACGUAUGAAGAUGCAUCUCUGAAGACUGCCUCAAGCCUUGCAGUACUGAACUUUGGUCAGAAUCUUAUUUUUAGCUGUGGUCUGACUGGAAUCAUGUUACUUGCAAGUCAAGGAAUCCUAGCAGGUACACUAACAGUUGGAGACUUGGUGAUGGUGAAUGGCCUACUUUUCCAGUUGUCUCUUCCCUUAAAUUUUCUGGGCACAGUAUAUCGAGAGACACGGCAGGCACUAAUAGACAUGAACACUUUAUUUACAUUGCUAAACGUUGAUGCAAAGAUCAAGGAUAUAGAAAAGGCACCUGCACUGCAGGUUUCUCCUGAGAAAUCUACAAUCACUUUUGAAGACGUUUGCUUUGAAUAUAUCAAUGGUCACAAAGUCCUUGAUGGAGUAUCAUUUGAAGUUCCUGCUGGGAAGAAAGUGGCAGUUGUAGGUGGGAGUGGUUCUGGGAAAAGCACAAUAGUGAGGUUGCUGUUCCGAUUCUACGAACCUCAAUCAGGAAACAUUUAUGUGGCUGGUCAGAAUAUUAGAGACAUUAGUUUGGAAAGCUUGAGAAAAGCCAUUGGUGUCGUACCACAGGAUGCAGUCCUAUUCCACAACACCAUCUUUUAUAACCUUCAAUAUGGGAACAUUAGUUCAACGCCAGAAGAAGUAUACAAUGUUGCAAAGCUUGCUGGCCUUCAUGACUCUAUACUCAGAAUGCCAAAUGGUUAUGACACUCAGGUUGGUGAACGUGGAUUAAAACUUUCAGGAGGAGAAAAGCAGAGACUUGCAAUUGCUCGAGCAAUUCUAAAAAAGCCCCGCAUUAUCUUGUAUGAUGAAGCUACAUCAUCUUUGGAUUCCAUCACUGAAGAGAAUAUUCUCAGUUCAAUGAGAGACUUGGUGCACCAACGCACAUCUAUGUUUAUAGCUCAUCGACUCACUACAAUUGUUGAUGCAGACGAAAUUCUAGUUCUGGAUAAGGGUAAGAUAGCAGAGCGUGGAACCCAUCAAACUCUCCUGAACAAACCCAACAGCCUUUACUCUGAGCUGUGGCGAGCACAAAACAGUAGAGUGUUCAACAAUACAAAUUCCCAUGAUCAAAAGGGGGCGAAAAUAAUGUCAUCCAAGGAAGAGGAAAGGCGAAAAUUAUCAGAAGAGAUUUUGAACAGUGUAAAAGGUUGUGGAAACUGCUCUUGUUAAAACUGUUUUUAUACUGGACAUUAAACUACACUGGCAAUUUGCACUGGAAGUAUCAUUAGGUAACGAUCUACAAAUAGACCGUUUUGACUGGGAAAGUCAAAACUACUCUUUUUAGGGAAGGAUUUUAUUUUUAUUACAAAAUGGUCAAAUAUUUUUCGUAUCCCUAAUAUGAUAGAAGAACUUUCAUGGAACAGCAAAUCAGAAGUAAUUUAAAAACGGAUGAAGUAAGUUGUUCCGUUGUGGGUAGCAGCCAUUCAUUUUUCUAAAUAAUUUGAGGCAGAUGUGCAUUACUUGUGAAUUACAGCAAUGUAGUUGUUAACGAUACUGUAUCAGUAUUAGCAUGGACCAAGUAACAGAAAUUGCAAUGAGAAGCUAAACCAGUGCUUGCUUCAAUUAUUAAGAUGUGGAAAGAUCAGUGAAAUUAUUGUAAUCUUUACAGGGGGUAUAUUCAGUAAAUACCGAAAGAUGGGAACUGGAUUGAAGGCUAUAUUACCUUAUGAUGGUUUCUAACUGCGACAAUACUUGGUAAACAAGACAUAGGGAUGAAGCAAUGAUGGACAUUUGUGUCUCUGAAACAUUUACCAAUGAUGCAUAUUUUGAACUUUGUCCACUGCCCAUUUAUGAUACCUCAAAUGAUUUAACUGAGGUUUGCUAAUUUCUUAAUUACUCAUUUGAGAUAGCAUAGCAAUGUUCUGUCAUCUGUAGUGAAAAGGCUGUGAAGACAUCUAUCUUUUUAUGGUUUAACUGUUCAACCACAUUGCCAAGAAGUAUUUGCCAUUCUGUUAAUUCAAUAUGCAUACUUACAUAGUUUUUCUGAUUAUACAGCACUACUUUCUGAUAUCCUUCACAUUAAAUCUUUGUCACCUUCAUUUGGAACAAACAAACAACUGUCUGUUAAGAUAUGCAAUUGGGGAUGAGGCUAUUAUCUGAGAUUUCGUUUUCCCUCACAUUUUUGUGUGUCCCAGAGAAGGAUUUAUCUCUAAUAAUUUACCCUGUGCAUUCCAUGUCAGAGAUAUGCUGGAUUGGGAAUAUGAGGAAUCUUAACAUUACCUGGAGGUUUAGCACUGUGUGGUUAUAGUACACCUUGGAACUAAUCUGUACUGUGCAAGACAGUUAUCAACUACCUUUAAAAUUAUGGUUAUGAUUAAAAAAAACAAUGUAUUUUGUGAUCAUUUAUAGUCUGAUUUUGUGGAUUUAUUUCCAGUCUGGAAUUAAUUUUUUUUCUGGAGAAGUUUGAAUGUACUGAAAACUCAUUGUGUUAAUCUGUAAAAAUCAAACCUCAGCAACCAGUUCUGAAACUAAUGUUGAGAUUUUUUCAUUUUUCAGUUUCUACAAGGUAUUGCACAGCCUUUUUUAUUCUUCCUUAAUUGAGACAUUUUUAAAAAUUUGCUGUAAUAGAUGCAAAUAGUGGAUUUAAUCUGGUAAACAUACAGCUAGGAAUAUUAAAUUGCAGUGUGCCUGUAAUUUUAAUGGUUUCUUUUCCUUUUUCAGCACUGUGUCCAAUGUUGAUUCAGAAUAGCUGCUGAUUUGCCCUUGUAACUGGUUUGAUUUGUGCCUUUCCUGUUGUUUUUCUUUUGUGAAGUAUACUGCUAUGUUAUUUUAUCCAGAUCACUGCUUGGACCAUUGUACUGUAGUAGUUUGCGUCUGAGUAGUGUACUUAGGAGUUAAUGUAUUGAGCCAAACCUCUGCAAGGUAUAGCUUGGAAUUGUUGUGUGAAGAGUAUAUUUAAAUUCUGUGUAUUUAGUACAAGAUUAUUUUUGUAAGAGCUGCAAGAUUCAAGAAUGCCUAACUUUUCAUUCAUUUAUUUCUUUGCCUAUGACUGAUUCUCUUUUAAUCAGCAAAACAAUUACACUUGUUCUCCUUGCAAUCUGUUUUUUUUUAAAAUCAACCAUACUGAUAAAUAUUGAGAUUGAAAUCAGCUUCCCCCAAUAUCAAUGCUAAUGAACAUUGACUUGGCCCUUUCAACUGUUUAGUAACCAAACCUAUAAGCUGAUAGUAGAGUGCUUUAGAUGCAGUCAGUAGCUCUUAGUUGUUGAACACAGUCAUGAAGAUUUUUUUUUAAAAUUGUUAUUACUCCAGAAUUGAUAUAAAGCAGUGGUGUUUUGAAAUCCUUGCUUUCACUUGAGAACACGAGCAGACUUUCACUGAUAAUAUUUUUAUUUCCACCCUUACAUGGUCAGAUUUACCAUUUAUCUUUUCUAGAGAAGUUUUAAACAUUUAGAUUAAUAGCACUCGUGCCCCUUUGAAACCAAGUACUUUUUUGAGGUUAUGUAACUAUGGACUUUAGUUCCACUUUUAUGUCUACCUUGUUCUUAUGCCUUUUAUUUGAGAGCCAUUUGGUUCCUUCACUUAUGGUAACUGAAACACCAGCCUUGUAGAUGUGUGGUAAACCUUUGUAUUUCUUUGUACUUUUGGAUUUUGUGAAUGGAUUAACUUAAGACUGCUACAGAUACACAUGUACCAUGUUUAUUCCUUUACAUUAUCAAACUUGACCCAAUGUAUUAAUCUUUAAAUAUAUUUAUGUUCAUAAAAUGUGCUUCUAGGAGUGGUGCAGAGCCAAUGACAGAAUACUUUUAUAACUGGAUAAAUACAAAAUACAAAUGCUUUUAUUUCUAGUGCACACCAUUAGUCUCCAUUCUACUUCCUCAGUUGGAAAUAGAAUCAGAAACUGAAGGAAGUAAUUACAUGUGUGGUGGAUUCCAUUAUCACUUGAUGAAAGUGAUGAAAAGUUUAGCAUUCUUUAUUUGUGAACCAUUUAAAGAUGUGUCAACUAUUCUUAGUCAAAGCCUGAAUGUUGUUUAAGGUUUUAGUCAGUAACUGGUAUGUUUUCAAAGUCCAUUUUACAUAUAAAAUUGGUGUAUAUUUACAGAAUUGGUCAGCCCCAAUAAAAUUUUGACUAUA